AUGCCUAAAGCAGGUACUUGGUGCUUGAGAUGUCCAUCCCACAAGGAGGCCUGUGUCCCCGGCUCAAAAGAUUUCCUCAAAUGCAACCAAAACAAGGAUGCGUCUGAGUUGUGGUCCCGCUUCCCGAAUGACAAGAGCUGCAAACCAUCCGAGAUGUUCGCCGAUGAUGCCUCCUGCCGUGAACUUCUUCAGACGGUUACCGACCUACGCAAGCAAGCCCACAAAGACCACAGAUCCGCUCGGCCUCAUAACACCAUUGUGGAUCAAAUUGCCGAUCAGCUGUCCAGCAAAUAUCCUCCGGCCGUCACCAAACAGCACUUGGAGUACGCCUUCCAGCAAGUCAAUGGCACGCCAACGACAUCGUCCUCUGCGGCCUCUGCCGUGGCAGGAACUUCCUCAAACCUCGAGACUGCGACUGCCCAGCUCGGCGCACUGAACCUGUCUGACACCGCUCAGCAACCUCAGCAGGUCAACGAGACUUCUAUUGGCGACUCCUCCACUCCAAGCUCCCUGAACCUGAAAGAUGCCGCGCCACCGCCCCAGCAGGUUGCAAGCAACAACUCUACGACUGGGACAUCCACCACCGCAGCCUCCAACCCUGCUGCUCCGUUGUCCGGACUGGUGGGCACUGCUUCAGAUGAUCAGCACACGACACAGCGCAAUGGACCAACCGGUAUCAAGCGUCCUGACCGUCCUGCCGCCCCUGCCUCGGCGCCCAAAGUCUUCACCAACCAUUUCACCAUUGAUCUGAAACCUGAUACGAAGCUGUACGAGUAUCAACUUGUUGGGCUUCAGAAUACCGCGGCAGACCUCUCCCGUUCGAAGAAGAAGGUCAUCAUCCAGCGCAAGAUUGACAGUUCGCCUAUUCUGCGCGACAACCAGAACGCUUUCGCAUGCAACGACCAUGGCAGAAUCAUCGCCUGGAAUGAUCUGUCGCCGGGCGCUCAGAAAGAGGACAUUGUCGAUACCACACCGGUCGACGACUACAGCCGCGACCUACCCGGCCAGGUUUCGAGACAGCUCAACAUCGAUGUCGUGUUCAAGCGUGUGAUCGACCUCAAUGGGCUGCUGUCCUUCGCCAAACAUCAGAAUCCGACCUACGAAGACACAGGUGCGGCUUCAGCGCUGGACAUUCUCAUCAGCUCCGGUACCCGUACCGCCAACGCCAACAUCGGACAGGCAGCCGUCAUCAAAAUCGGCGACAACCGUUUCUUCACCCCGCAGGGUCAAACGCCACUGCCUCAGAGCCACGGCUUGGUGGCCAUGCGAGGGUACUCGAGCAGUGUCCAGCCAGUGGACGGCGCGCUACGACUCAACAUCAACACUGCUUUGAGUGCCUUCUACCAGCAGCAGAAGGUCCUCAAUGUCAUCGAAACGUAUCGAACCGAUCCUGGCGCCUUUCCUCGCGGGCAAGGUGCACAACAUUUGACUGGAGUACGGGUCAAAAUUAUGUACAAUCGCUGCAAGCCGGACGGAGAUCCAGCCAUUGACUCUCCGAAGAGGCGUAUCAAGACAAUCACUGGCUUUUCGGCCGGCCUCGCAUCUCAAACACUCUUCGAUCGCAACGGCCAAAUGGUCUCCGUCUGGCAGCAUUUCAAGGAGACUUAUCCUAUUCCCGCAGGCGCGUCUGUUGUAAAAGGAAAUCAGAUAUGUGUCAAUACCGGCAGUACAACGGAAGGCAAAGAAUGCUGGUUUCUACCAGAUCAGCUUGAAAUUUUACCCGGCCAGAUUUUCCGCAAGACGCUUGAUCGUGUCAACUCAGAAUUGCCUGGAGAAAUGAUCACUCUGGCAUGCCAGACACCCGCUGCGAACAAGGGCAUGAUCACCUCGGCCGGACUUCAAGCUCUUGGCCUCACAGCAUCCAGCACGAAUGCGGAUAUCGUCCUGCCGCAACUCCAGGCUCUGAGAGACGCAGGCAUGACCGUGGCGGCAAAGAUGCUGAAGGUGCCAUUCCGUAGAGUCAACAACCCAGCGAUUGUCUACGCCGGCGGCAACAAAACAGCCAACCCUGACAAGUCUGCAGGAUGGAGCACCAGAGGUCAAGAGUUCCUCACUCAUGCAAAGCGGAUUCCGGAGAAGGGCAUGGUCAGUUUCCUUCAUCUGAAGGGUCGCAAACCGGCACACGAAAGGGCCUACAUUGAUGCUUUCAUGAACACUUUUCAGCUGAAUUUACGUCAAGCCAACAACGUCAACCAGGAACUCGAUCCUGUUCACAUCGGCCAGGACAUCGGUGAUGUCAAUCCUCUUUGCGGUGAACUCUCUGACAUCAACAAGAGGCGCAAGGCCAAUCUGUCUGUGCUUAUUCUGCCCGACGAUAAUAAACUGUAUCGCCAACAAUACGCAAGCUUUCGCAUCGUCACUGAUCAGCUGCUCGGAUGCACAUCGAUUGUACUGAACGAGAAGACGAUGUGUGGCGGCAGGCCUCAGCCAGGAAAUUUGACAGCAUACAUGGCCAACAAUGCGAUGAAGAUCAACGUUCGCUUUGGCAACGAGAAUCACACCGUGAGAGACGGUUUCAAGAAACUUCUCAAAGGCAAUCUCUCCGAUACUUUGGUACUUGGUGCUGAUUUGAUUCAUCCCGGUCAAAGAUGUGCAGCUGGCACGCCCACCAUUGCGGCGGUAGUUGGAAGUGUCAACGCGACUUUCGGUAAGCUCUUGGGUUCCGCUCGUCGUCAGCAGGGCGGCCAAGAGAUCAUCGAGCCUGCGAACAUGAAGAGCAUGGUCACUGAGCGCAUGAAGGCGUGGAUCAAGAGCGACACGACUACCAAAGGUCUUCCGACUCGCAUCAUCUACUUCCGAGACGGAACUGGUCUCAGUCAGUACUCUGGAAUCUUGCAGGAGAUUAGCGCCAUCAAGACCGCCUGGAGCAACCUCAACGCCGCACAAACGAUGAGAGCGCCCAAGCCUGUGGAAGUCACAUGCAUUGUCGCCGUCAAACGCCACAACACCCGUUUCUACCCACUCAGCGAUAAGGAUGAGAACAUGACCGCCACCUGGAACUGCAAGCCAGGAAUGGUUGUUGAUACGCAUAUCACAUCGCCUCUCUACAUGGACUUUUUUCUCCAGUCUCACGACGUGGAGAAAGGCUCGGCCAAGCCAACUCACUACUUCGUGCUCGAAAAUGGUAUGAAGCUCAAGGAGGCUGAGUUGCAGGAUCUCACCAACUCCUUCUGCUACACUUUUCAACAUUCCACGAGUGCAGUGUCGUACCCUGCCCCAGUGUACGCCGCCGACAAGCUGUGUGAGCGGCUCAUGCUAUACUUGUAUCACUUCAACGAGAACUCUACCAUGGUUGCGAACGCGACUCCGGCAGUGGUUGCAUCUCAAAUGAACAUUGCGUGGCAGCGCGGUGGCGCAGGGCGCGAGAACCCCUGGCACCCAAAUCUGGACGACAAGAUGUUCUGGAUGUGA